AUUUGAAUAGAGAAAAAAAUGAGCAGCCACGAUGGAGGAGUAGCAAUGUCCGAUGCAAUGAAGCCAACGGCAGCGGCUGUUGGUCUUCUAAUGUCGUCCUUUGCUGCCCCGACGACGACAUUGCUACGUUCAAUGAGGGCGUCUUCCCCUACUCGGCGGUCCUCCGACGAUGAUUACUGCAACGACCUUUGGAGGAUUCGGUAUCCAUCUGCUUUAGGCGUGUUUGGCGACAUAAUCAAAGCUUCUAUAGGGAAACAAAUAAUAAUGUUUCUUGACUACGAUGGUACGCUUUCCCCCAUUGUUGAAGACCCUGACAAAGCCUUCAUGACAAACCAGAUGAGGGAAGCAGUACGUGAUGUUGCAAAACAUUUUCCCACAGCCAUAGUCACGGGAAGGUGCAUUUCCAAGGUUUUCGAGUUUGUACAACUACAAGAGCUUUAUUAUGCGGGAAGCCAUGGAUUGGACAUCAAGGGACCAGAAAAAGGACGACACGCCUACACAAAGGCCAAUAACUCUCUUCUGUACCAACCUGCCAAUGAAUACUUACCUAUGAUUGAUGAGGUGCACAAAGCUUUACUGGAAAAAACCAAAUCAAUUGAUGGGGCUAAAGUGGAGAACAAUAAGUUUUGCUUAUCAGUACAUUACCGUUGUGUUGAAGAAAAGAAAUGGAUUAAUGUAGUUGAACAAGUAAAAUCUGUGCUCAUAGGAUUCCCAAAACUUCGGAUGUGUCAAGGAAGAAAGGUCUUAGAAAUCCGACCAUCUAUAGAGUGGAACAAGGGGAAUGCACUUGAAUUUUUGUUGGAAUCAUUGGGCUAUGGAAAUUCAGAUAAUGUUUUUCCCGUCUAUAUCGGAGAUGAUCGGACUGAUGAGGAUGCAUUUAAGGUUCUCCAACAGAGAAGACGAGGUUUAGGGAUCAUAGUUUCCAAAACUCCCACUGAAUCAAACGCUUCAUAUUCGUUGGAAGAACCAUUACAGGUUAUGCAGUUCUUAAGACUUAUGCUGGAGAUAUCUGAAUCUAAUUAAUUCGCAUGAAGAUAUAUAAUAUACGGCCGGAGUAUGUAUAUAAGAUCACACACGCGCUUGGAGACCGACAAGAGUUUUGUCAUUUCAUAUAGCCUUCAAAAAUAGCUCUAGAAAUUUGAAUAAAGUUUAAGUCUAUAAAAGGUUAAGAAAGAAGGCAGAUGUUUGAAUACCUUGUCGUGCAUGCUAUUGUAACUUUUGAGCUUUAUAAUGCUUUUUGACAAUGCUAAUAUAAUGAGUGUGGG